ACUCAGAUCGCUCUGAAACGCGCCCUAGACCACUUUCUGGAAGACUCGGUUUGGGUGUGACCGUUUUUUCGCGCUAACCGGGGGGAUAUCUGGCGGGUGAGAGCGUGUGUCCGGUGUCCGGAGCAGAUGCAGUGAAGGGACAGAAGAUGAAGGUGGACAAAAAGGACAAGCAGCAGAUGUUCACUAGUCUCCUGAAGCACUCGUCACCUUCAGCCUCUGCUGCAGCAGCCUCCUCCUCUGCCUCGGACCACAACAGCAACGCACAAACUACAGUUCCCAUAAUCCCACGGGGAUACCUGGUUGUGGGCCCCAAGGGCCAGCUCCGCCUCCUCACCCCCGUGGGCAGCUUGGCAACGUCCAAUGACUGCACGACCGCUGGGGCCCACGCCACUGAGCACUCCGGAGGAGCCCCGCGACCUCCUUCCUCCCUGAGCGAGAAGGAGGAUGGAGGAGGUGGAGGCAAGGUAAAGAAGAAACGAAAGAAAGAGGACAAGAGAGAAUGGGAGAAAGGAGGAGGGGGGGGGGAGGAAAGGGAAUGCAGCAAACCAAAGAAACGAAAGGAUGAGAAGGUGGCAACAGUGGUCACGCUGAGGAAGAGCAAGGAGCCCAAGGAAGGCAAAGAGCAGAAGGAGGGCAAGACCAAGGCGAAGGAGGACAGGAAAGAGAGCAGGGCAGACCUAAAGAAUGUGGGAUCAGGGAAAGUGCCAGGCGCCGCAGUAUCUCCCGGACCAGCGUUUUUAAGUGGGUUUGUGCCUGGACAGAAAUGAUGGUACCCUUAACUUAAUAUUUUACACCCUGUGCCAGAUGCAGCAAAGCAGCCCCCAGGACUCCACUCUGAUGUCCCGGGGCAGGUCCAAGGCACCCAGGCCAAGAGCCCUGUCCGGGCCAACCGCAAGACCACAGUCCCUUCAGCGCCAAAACAGAGGGGCUGCAAACCCAGAGACCCUGGUGCAGCGCCAGUGGAGAAGAAGAAGGAGGGGAAGAGGAGAAACCAGGAGCUGGCUGUCCAGGAGGGGGUGGAGAGCGAUGAUACUACCUCAAUGUCAGCCCUCAACAUGGGUGGAAAGGACGGCCAGGACCCCCUGGAUAAUGUGAAGUGGCGUUCAGGGCGACAGGCCAAGAGGAGGAAAUACAACACCGGUCGCAUCUCGGCGCUUAACGCCACCGCGCUGGCAUGGCUGGCCGAGGAGCCUCCUGAAGAUGAGGCCAACAUCAUUGAGAAAAUUCUGUCUGUCAGAACAAUGAAGAAAGAGGACCAAGUGGAGGAGACAGAGGAGUUUUACGUCAAGUACAGAAAUUUUUCCUAUCUACACUGCAAAUGGGCCACUCUGGAGGAGCUAGAGAAAGAUCCCAGAAUCCAGCAGAAGAUUAAACGCUUCAGGACCAAACAGGCCCAGAUGAAACACCUGCUCACCGAGCCUGAUGAAGACUUAUUUAACCCAGACUAUGUAGAGGUGGACAGAGUGCUGGACGUGGCUGUUACCACAGAUACUGAGACCAGAGAGGAGGUGACCCAUUACCUCGUUAAGUGGUGCAGUCUCUCGUAUGAGGAGGCGACGUGGGAGCUGCAGGAGGACUUGGACCCAGAGAAGAUCAGAGAGUUUGAGGAGAUCCAGAAGCUGCCGGCAGACCUCAGACACACCGAACGUCCUCCUCUGGAAAAACAGCUGGAACACUCCAGAGAUUACCGCAAUGGAAACCAGCUCAGAGAAUACCAGUUAGAGGGAAUGAACUGGUUACUGUUCAACUGGUACAACAGAAAAAACUGCAUCCUGGCAGAUGAGAUGGGUUUGGGAAAGACCAUCCAGUCCAUCACCUUCCUGAAUGAGAUCUUCAACAUGGGGAUCCGCGGCCCCUUCCUCAUCAUCGCCCCCCUGUCCACCAUCAGCAACUGGGAGAGGGAGUUUCGCACAUGGACGCACAUGAAUGUCGUCGUGUAUCACGGCUCCCAGAUCAGCCGGCAGAUGAUCCGGCAGUACGAGAUGUUUCACAGAGACCCGCAGGGUUACACUAUCCCAGGUGUGCUGAAGUUUCACGGGCUGAUCACCACCUUUGAGAUGAUCAUGGCCGACUGUCCGGAGCUGAAGAAGCUGCACUGGCGCUGUGUGGUGAUCGACGAAGCUCAUCGACUGAAGAACAGGAAGUGCAAACUGCUGGAGGGACUCAGGCUCAUGAACCUGGAACACAAGGUUCUGCUAACAGGAACCCCUCUGCAGAACUCUGUGGAAGAGUUGUUCAGUCUGUUGAACUUCUUGGAGCCGCUGCAGUUUCCCUCAGAGAGCAGCUUCCUGGAAGAGUUUGGAGACCUGAAAACAGAUGAACAGGUGAAGAAGCUUCAGGCCAUUUUGAAGCCCAUGAUGUUACGGAGACUGAAAGAUGAUGUAGAGAAAAACCUGGCACCUAAAGAAGAGACCAUCAUAGAGGUGGAGCUGACCAACAUUCAAAAGAAAUACUACCGAGCCAUCUUGGAGAAGAACUUCUCCUUCCUGUGCAAAGGAGCAAGCAAACGCAAUCUGCCCAACCUCAUUAACACCAUGAUGGAGCUCCGCAAGUGCUGCAACCACCCCUACCUUAUCACAGGAGCAGAAGAGAAGAUUCUGGAAAGCUUCAAGAAGAGCCACAGUCCGGAUGCGGUGGACUUCCAGCUGCAGGCCAUGAUUCAGGCAGCUGGUAAACUGCUGCUGAUUGAUAAGCUGCUGCCCAAACUGCUGGCCGGGGGACACAAAGUCCUGGUCUUCUCCCAGAUGGUCUGCUGUCUGGACAUCCUGGAGGACUACCUCCUCCAGAGACGAUACACGUACGAACGCAUCGACGGCAGCGUGCGAAAGAACCUGCGGCAAGCGGCCAUCGACCGGUUUUGCAAGCCGGACUCAGACCGCUUUGUUUUCCUGCUGUGCACCAGAGCCGCAGGGCUGGGAAUCAACCUGACGGCCGCCGACACCUGCAUCAUCUUCGACUCGGACUGGAACCCCCAGAACGACCUGCAGGCCCAGGCACGCUGCCACCGGAUUGGCCAGAGCAAAGCGGUGAAAGUCUACAGGCUGAUCACCAGGAACUCGUACGAGAGGGAGAUGUUUGACAGGGCCGGUCUGAAGCUCGGAUUGGACAAAGCUGUCCUCCAAGACAUCAACCGUAAAGGAAGCCUCAAUGGGGUGCAGCAGCUUUCUAAGCUAGAGGUGGAGGAUUUGUUGAAAAAAGGAGCAUAUGGAGCCCUGAUGGACGAAGAAGAGGAGGCCUCUAAGUUCUGUGAGGAAGACAUCGACCAGAUACUUCAGAGACGAACUCAGACCAUCACCAUCCAGUCUGAGGGCAAAGGAUCCACGUUUGCAAAGGCCACUUUCAUCUCAUCUGGUAACAGAACGGACAUUUCUCUGGAGGACCCCAACUUCUGGCAGAAAUGGGCCAAGAUCGCAGAAGUGGAGAUCGACUCCAAAUCUGAGAAGGAGUCCUUGGUGAUCGACACGCCUCGGGUGAGGAAGCAGACCCGACAUAACUCCUUUCAGGACGACAAGCCGAUGGAGUUCUCAGAGCUGGAUGGCGAUUCGGAGGAGCGGCCAUGUCGCCGUCGGCGGUACCUCCGCGCAGAGUGCUUUCGGGUUGAAAAGAAUCUGCUUAUCUUUGGCUGGGGUCGUUGGAAGGACAUCCUAAAUUACGGUCUGUUUAAAUGGGACCUGGCAGAGAGAGACAUGGAAGUGAUCUGUAGGGCUCUGCUGGUUUACUGCCUGAGACACUACAAAGCUGAUGACAAGAUCAAGAGCUUCAUCUGGGAUCUGAUCUCACCCACCAAGGAAAGCCAGGACCAGGCACUGCGCAGUCACUCUGGUUUAUCAGCUCCAGUUCCUCGGGGUGGGAGGGGGAAGACGCAGAGGAAUCAGUUAAAUGUUCCUGAGGUGAAGAACGCUGAGUGGCUGCUUCACUGUAACCCUGAGGCGGUUCUGCAGGAUGAGAGCUACAAGAAACACCUCAAACAACACUGCAGCAGGGUGCUGCUGAGGGUGAGGAUGUUGUACUACCUGAAGGUGGAGGUGCUGGGUGAAGCUGCCAGUCAGGCUCUCGAGGGGGUACCUGCCAGUAAACUUGAGGUGUCACUACCAGACGUCGACUACAUAGAGAUUCCUGCUACAUGGUGGGAUGCAGAAGCUGACAAGUCUCUCCUUAUAGGAGUCCACAAACACGGAUUUGAGCGGUACAACGCCAUGCGUGCUGAUCCAGAACUGUGUUUCCUGGAGAGGGUGGGGAUGCACGACGUUACAGUGCUGCCUGCUGAACAGGGAGGAGGAGAAGGGGCCUCCGACAUGGCUGACAGUGUGUGCAAAACCGAGGAGGCGAAGGACGACACUGAGAACAAAGCUGAUGGAGGGGAGGACAGAGACGAGAGCAUGAAGGGAGAGAAAACCUGCUCCAGCACUGAUGCCUCAGACGAGCCUGACAGUACAGGUCCAGACUCCCAGAUGUCAGGUGACUUGUGGUCACAGGAUGGGACUUUGGUCACCAUGACGACAAGAAGAGCAGGAACGGGUGUGGCGGCUCUACAUGUGGUCCAGGCCCGACCGCUGUGGCCCACUGGAUCAGCCUUGACGGCGCGUUUACGGCGCCUCAUCGCCGCCUACCAGCGGUUCACUUUACACCGCGAGCCGCUGCUCAUACACGGCUUCCUGCUCCACGACGGCCUCAUCGGCAGGGGGAUCGGAGGAACCGGAGCCUCUCACAGUCAUCACGCCGGCGGGCCGCUGGCCUGGCAGCUGGGUGAGGAGCGGAGGAGGGGUCCUGUGGUCGCAGCAGAACCUGACCCCCUGUUUCUGGAGUGGCAGAGAAGGUGGACUCGUCGAGACCAAGCAGACUUUUACCGCACUGUGUCGUCGUUUGGGGUGGUGUACGACCCACAGACGAAAACCUUCGACUGGUCCCAGUUCCGAGCGCUGGCCCGACUGGAGAGGAAGACCGAUGAGAGUUUGAAGAGAUACUUCAAGUCCUUCAUCAACAUGUGCAGGACGGCCUGCAAGCUGCCUCUGAGGAAGGAAGGAGGGCCGGUGGAUCCCGCUGUGCAGGUAGAGCUUCUGACAGAGGAGACAGCAGCCCGGACUUUAUACCACAUCAGGCUGCUCCGUAAGAUCAGAGAGCAGGUUCUCCAUCAUCCCUUACUCUCAGCCCGCCUCCAGCUGUGCCGCCCCUCCCCCUACCUCCCGGUCUGGUGGGAGACAGACAAACACGACCGCGACCUCCUCAUUGGGGCAGCACGCCACGGCUUGAGUCGGACCGACCACUACAUCUUCCACGACCCCCAGCUGUCCUUCCUGGAGGCUCAAAGGAACUACCAUCAUGUUCAUCCUCAGAGUCAUCACCACCCUCACCGUCCAGGCUUGGCGGCUCAUCCUGGCAUCAUGUCCUCGUCUUCCUCCUCGUCUCAUCCGCACGAUUUGGGACUUGGUCACCACGCCCCUCAGCCUCCUGAGUAUCCCCACCAGUCCUCUCAACACCACCAGCAUCACACUGUGCCUCCAUCAGCUCCUUCUCCUUCCUCCUCCUCCUCUUCUUCCUCUCACCCUCACCUCCACCCUCCACCACUGGAUGCCCACGAUUCGGCCUCACCGAGCCUGGGAAUAGUGCCUGGGUCACGGGGGAAUUUCCUGGACUGUCCUCCUUUGGAUGAAACCCUGGAGCUGAGUUCCCUGCAGCAUGACACCAUGUCAGACCUGGAUUCAAAACAGAGGAGUGACGUGCUUGUUGGUGAGCAAGUGCCUGUGCUGGAAGGUUAUGCUGCUCCUGUUUCCAUGGGUGAGAUUCCCGACAGACUCCAUGACACCAGGGAGCCGACCAUCACUCAGCUCUCACAGGAGAACUCACUUUACUCGUUUUCUGAGUGGCCAAAGGACCAGGUGAUCAUCAACCGUCUGGACAGCAUCUGCCACGCCAUCCUGAAAGGGAAGUGGCCUUGGCCAAGCAAGCAGCACGACUCGCCCGGCUCACUGGCCGCCAGUGAGAUGCCUAAGCCCCCGCUGUCCGUCUCCGAUUCCUCCUCAUCCUUCCUCGGCCCUCCCGUCUUCACCAACGGCGGUUUGAUCGGCAGCAUGGGCUCCAUAGUGGCCAUGUUGGUGCAAUGACGGCGCACACACCACCACCACCUCCUCCUCCUCACCCCGCCGCCACCUCCUCCUCCUCUUCUUCGCCUGCUCCAAAGGUCACCACAACAACUGCACCCUCCACAUUUGAGGCUGCCAGCCCCUGUUCCCGACGCCUGCAGAGAGAGAGCGCUGCCUCUUCAGCCACUGGUGGUGACUUUUGACGUUAGUUUAGCCCUGUUGAAAAAGUACAUUUAAUAGAUUUAAGAAAAAUCAGGAAAAAAACAAUUGUUUUUCACCUGUUAAAGUCAAGAAAAUUGUGGCUGGCACACAGUCACAAUAAAAGGGAUGUUAAUACAUUUCAGGCAUGAAUGUUGUACCUUAAUUUUAAAAUAUCGUCUGGCACUCCCCCAUGUUUUAGAUGUCAUCAUUCGUUCUUUUAUUUUAUCAUUUUACUGUUAUCAGUGCAUCACUAUGCCUUUGCUGCUAUGACUUCUUUUUAAGAAGAAGGUCAGAGGAAAAA